AACGACGCCGUUUCGACGCAAUCAAUCUGACGGAGAAAGCAGACAAAAAAUCUAGCGAACUGAUCGUAUUCGUCCAUUGACGGCGACGGCGACGGCGACGAUGACCGAUAGUUGCCGCCGAGCUCUUGUGGAAGCUAUACAUUCGUCUCCUACUCAAGCUGUUAUUUAUCUCUCCGGCGGAGCCUCUCAGGCGCUGGGGUGGUUGAUGUCAGUUCCGGGAGCAUCGAACACUGUGCUUGAAUCUGUAGUUACAUAUUCCAGAAUGUCUAUGAUUCAAUUACUUGGCAAGGUUCCUGCUCAAGCUGCUAGUUCGCAAACGGCGGAGGAAAUGGCAUUGUUGGCUUAUAAUAGAGCAUUAAAGCUUUCUAAACCAGGUUCACCAGUUCUAGGUGUGGGUUUUACUGGUGCCUUGGCUAGUGCACAACCAAAACGUGGAGAUCAUAGGUUUCACGUGUCAACCAGAACAUCUGACCGGUUUUGGACCUCGACGGUUACUUUGACUAAGGGUCUGCGAACUCGUGAGCAGGAAGAUGGAGUCUCGAGUCAAUACUUAAUCAAGGCAAUUGCAAAUGCUAGCAAGGUUCCAGGAACUUUUGUUCCAGACUUGACUGAAUCAGAAGUUCCAGAUGAAUAUGAAAAGAAAUUUGAUGAAGAAGAAGAGCUAAAGCAACUUCUCAGUGGGAUUAUAUGCUUCAAAGUGUAUCCUUUCUCAAGUAACACGUCUAAUGUAGAGAAGAAAAUAAUCCUGUCUGGUUCCUUUAAUCCAUUGCAUGAUGGUCACCUUAAGCUCUUGGAAAUUGCAACUAGUAUUUGCGGUGGUGGAUAUCCAUGUUUUGAGUUGUCAGCUGUCAAUGCAGACAAACCUCCAUUGGAAAUACCUCAAAUCAAUGAUCGUGUUAAACAAUUUGAAAAAGUUGGAAAGACGGUUAUAGUGUCUAACCAGCCAUAUUUUUACAAGAAAGCAGAACUUUUUCCUGGGAGUGCUUUUGUCAUUGGUGCAGACACAGUUGCAAGACUUGUACAUCCAAAGUACUAUGGUAAUGACUAUGGAAAGAUGUUGGAGAUACUUCUGGGAUGUAAAAACACGGGAUGUACUUUCCUAGUGGGUGGUAGAAAUGUUGAUGGAACUUUCAAGGUUCUUGAGGAUUUCGACAUCCCAGCAGAGCUAAAAGACAUGUUUGUGCCUAUACCAGUCGAGAAAUUCCGUAUGGAUAUAUCAUCCACUGAAAUUCGAAAGACUCAAGGACUCUUGUAAGCCCGUUUGCGUCAUUUUCUCUCAGGUAUCUGCAUUGGUACUUCGCUUCGUUUAAACAAUUAGUUCUAUCUAUGUAACAUGAAAAUAAGCACCAAAAAGGAAAAAAACAGAAAGCUUUAUCCAUUUUCAUCGUUUGCUCUUUCCAGUCUCAACAGAACUGAGAAUGUGUGGAAUUGUUGUUCUCUGAGUUGAGUUUCCUUACUAACAUAUGUAUAUUAAACAGUUCUUGGUUUUAAACAUAAUCAGAUUCUGUCGAUUUUACACCCAAAUCGUUGA